AUGUAUGAAACGCCAUUCCCCAAGCGAAAAAAUAACGCAAUGGAACAUCAAAAGGAUGGUAUUUUCGCUAAAAUGAACACUGUUCUGAUGUGUGGGAUUCCUUACAAAUCGCAUCCGCGGCGUCGUUUGAAUAUUCUCACCGUAGCGAUGCCCGGCAACGCUUCCGGUUUCGCGCAGCUCGCUCGCUAUACCGCGCCUGAAGAUGGAGUUUUGAUCCUGGAUAAUGGCCCCCUUAAAAAGGAAAUUGCUCAUUCCUAUCAUAACAAAAAUCGUUUAGAUAAACGCCACAAUCGACAUGAAUCGAACUCCGCAUUUAAAAUCCUAUUCAACACAUUCCGAAGGCUUUGGUCGUGUCGUGUAGUAGAAGAGGAAGAAGAAAAGGAAAGGAAAGAUAAUGAUUUUGCUUACAUGAAUGAAGAUGUGGAAGAGGAGGAUAUUAUGAUGGAUUCGUAUUCUCCACUAUUAUAUCACGCCACUUCGCAUUUGGGUGUUCGUCUUCUACAUAAUAUUCUGCCCUCGCCGGAGGUGGCAGAGGUUGUGCACUGUCGUUCUUUACUUUCCGAUUCAUCGUAUUAUUCUUUAUUUUUUUCGUUUCUGUGGAGUUUGCUGUCGUUAUGGAAUCCAUUUUACUGGAUUUUAAUAUCCAAGGGCGUUUUGGCUUCUUUUUAUUUCGGAAAUCGCCCGGUGGAAUUCUAUUAUGUGGAGUUUGGGCGAACAAAUUUAGGUGGGCUCACCGAUCAGCGAAGCUUUCUGCGAAAUAUCAAGCGAGCGGUACGUUUGAUCGAGAUGCAAACCGUCGAAAAGGGCGAAACGCGAUCGCGAAGACUUCCCAACGUAGUGGAAUCUAUCCGUCUACCGCUAGAUUAUGUUCAAUCCUCAACAUUGUCAUCUGGAAAGGAUGAAAUACUUUUUUCUUUAAGGCAUUCGUGUAAUUUGAAAACGCAUUUGGUACUUUUUGGCUGUAGUCGAGGCGCAACGACAUGUUUUUACACCUCAAUGAAGCUUCCUUGUUAUUUAGCGGCCUACGUUUCGUUAAUCAUUUUGGAAGCCCCUUUUGAUACGCUUGAACAUGUCAUCCAAGCCUCCUCGUGGUUUCCAUCCUUGGCGAGGUUUUUUUUCAAUUCCUUUUGCGAUUAUCACGGAAAAAAUGAAGAGACGAUGGCGUACUCGUACGAUCCAAAGCAGGUUUAUCUUCGCUGCCCGGUGGCCUUUAUCCUCUCAAAACGGGAUUCACGUGUGCCAAAUGGCUGCUCAGAAACCCUCAUUCAUCAACUUCGGGCGCACUUCGUUCCGCAUCAAAUCCCCGCCGUGGAGGUUUUGAUCCUAGAAAACUCCCGCCAUCCUUGCAUGGCGGUUGGAAAUCAGCAGGAUCAGGAAAAGUAUGUUGCUUUUGUGGAAAAAUUGUAUAGUACCUAUUGCGUUUGA